GAAGUGGAUCUUCGCACGUUAUGAAUGUUAUAACACACUCUCUGCUCCUCCUCCAACUCUUUCAUCACUCCUUCAAACCAACAAAUUUCAUUUUUUUUAAUUUUCAUUUCAACAAUUUAAAAAUAUUUAGUAUUCUUUAAAUAAUUUAAUUAGUUUUCAAGAAUCGCCAGCUCUCUUUGCAUAUGCUCUCUACUACUGCGCGCACACAACAAACAGAACUCAACAACACCAACAAAUAACGCCAACACCAGUUCUUACAAAAAACCAACCCACUCUCUCUCUCUUUAUUCUUCAUAAAGUCUUAAUCUUUCUCCAAAACCCAUUAACUAUGGCUUAAUUCAAUGUUAGACAACUUCAAAAGCUUUAAGCUUUUUCUUUUUUGGACAAAAAUGGUAGCCUUUUCUGUUCAUUGUGUCUCCUUUUGUCUUAUUUGAGCUAAAAAAGUUUUGAUUUGAAAUAAAGUUGUUUUUUCUUAUCUAAAGAACUAUUUUUUUUUUGAAUUUUUGAGUUUAAGUUGUAAGUUUGCAAAUUCAUUUCUUAAAUGGUUGAUUAAAGCAUUUGUUAGGUUAGUGUUUUAGUUUAAAUGUUUGAAGCUUUUAAUUGACGAAUAAUGACUAUUUUAGAAAUGUAGUCAUAGGAGAAAGAGUUUUCAAUACUUGUAAGUUCAGUUCAGUUUCACAUUUUAAACUCUGGAUUUUGAGGGACUUGUAGUGUCUACAUUGGUUUUCUAGAGGGUUUUAGGACAUCAUAAUCAUUGAUGAUUUUGUUGAAGCUGGUUGGUUCAGACCCAUGAAGAAUUUCUACUGCUUUAAGCAAAUCUCUAACAAUGGCAGAUCAGGAAGGAGAUUGUCUCUUGGAGAGUACAAGAGAGCAGUUUCUUGGUCUAAGUAUUUGGUGUCAUCUGGUGCAGAGAUUAAAGGAGAGGGAGAGGUAGAAUGGAGUGCUGAUAUGUCCCAAUUGUUUAUUGGUAACAAAUUUGCAUCAGGGAGACAUAGUAGGAUUUAUAGAGGGAUUUAUAAGCAAAUUGAUGUUGCAAUUAAGAUUGUUAGCCAGCCUGAAGAGGAUGAGGAUUUGGCUGCUAUGCUUGAGAAGCAAUUCACUUCAGAGGUGGCUUUGCUUUUCCGAUUAAGGCAUCCGAAUAUCGUUGCAUUUGUUGCAGCUUGCAAGAAAGCUCCUGUGUUUUGUAUAAUUACUGAGUAUUUGGCUGGGGAAUCAUUGAGAAAAUAUCUCCAUCAGCAAGUGCCGCAUUCAGUUCCACACAACCUAGUUCUUAAAUUAGCUCUUGACAUUGCGAGAGGGAUGCAAUAUCUUCAUGCCCAAGGGGUUCUUCAUAGGGAUCUCAAAUCAGAAAAUUUACUGCUUGGAGAAGAUAUGUGUGUAAAAGUAGCUGAUUUUGGCAUCUCAUGCUUGGAAUCUCAAUGUGGUAGUGCAAAGGGUUUCACGGGAACAUACCGUUGGAUGGCUCCUGAAAUGAUUAAAGAGAAACAUCACACAAAAAAGGUUGAUGUUUACAGUUUUGGCAUAGUGCUAUGGGAGCUUCUAACUGCAUUGACUCCAUUUGACAACAUGACUCCCGAACAGGCUGCUUUUGCUGUCUGCCAAAAGAAUGCAAGACCGCCACUACCACCCGGAUGCCCACCUGCAUUUAGUCAUCUCAUAAAGCGAUGCUGGUCAAGCAAUCCAGACAAGCGUCCGCAUUUUGACGAGAUAGUUAGAAUUUUGGAGAGAUACUCGGAGUCUAUUGAGCAGGAUCCUGAGUUUUUCUCGAAUUAUAAACCUCGUUCCAAAAAUUCUAUCCUGCAUUGCUUGACUAUAUGCAUGGAUGGCAAUGAUUCGAGUUCCGUAAAAGCCUAGCUAGGAUCUCUUUUCCGUCUAUUAGGCGCGAUGCUAAGUGUAUGAUAUGAUGUUUGAUGUAGGUUUGUAUUUGCAAUCAUGUGUAGAAGGUUUGUCUGUGGCCUUUUUAUUGCUUAAUUGAUCACCUUCUCACAUGAAAAAUGUAUUGGAACAAAAGAGUUCCUUUCAUUUGGUAAUAGUAAUGUAAUUUGAGAAAAUGAACUGAAGUUUUUAUAAGUCUGUCGUUUUUAUAA